AUGACCUCCGCCCAGGAUGAUGCUUCUCUCGGCGUGGUAGAGAGGCAGACGGAGCCGAAGCGACGUCGACAUGCACGGAUGUCUGCCUUCAGUAGUGUCGAGCUUCACGAACGCUUUGAAAGACACGUGGCGAAGGCACAAAACCUUUUUCUUCAGAAUGACAAGGACGGCGCGGAACGCGAGGCGACCCUGGCACUGCGUAUCCAUCCCACGGAUCAUCUCUUCGCCCUUCUUGCCGUCAUCGCCGACUCCAAAGGCCAGCGGGAUCGCGCCAGCGAUUUUCGACUGUUGCAGGCGUUUUUGGCCAACGACACCGUGCUGUGGGAGGAGCUGUUACAUGAAUUCCUGCAGGAGGAGUUGUACUAUAAAUCGGCCGUGUGCCUACAACGGCUUUCAGCGUUAGAGAUGAAGGACAAGACGCGCUACCGCACCCUGCAGUUGCAGUUGGCUGAUUUGUACAUUGGCUUGGGGGAGUUUAAGCGGGCCGCGAAUAUUUUGGUUUCGUUAUGGAACGGCAGCCGGUGUCGCGAUUUUGAGGUGUUUGCAUUGCUGUCUUCCCUGUUCUUUCAAUUAGGGCGGUGGAACUCUCUGCAUCGGUUAAUUGAAUCUAGCCUCAAAAACACUUUUCGCACUAAUACGGCGGCGGACACGGAGCAGAGGAGAAACGACGCUAAUGACGGCACCACCAACGUGGCACACACGUCUGCAGACGGCGAUGGCGAGGCCCCUCCUCCGCUGCCUUCGCAGGCCAAACGAAGGACUUCAAAACGGGUUCGCUUUUUUGGCGAUGAUGAAAACAACGAGGGCGCGGAUGACGAUGGGAAUACCGCCGUCGCAGUGGUGGCAAAGGCGAAGACAGUGGACGAGGCGGAGGAUGUGGAGUGGGAGGCGCAACGGCAGCAGGAGGAACAAGAGCGGCGGCCGACUGUAGAGGCGGAUUAUGCUUCUCGUGCGGUCGCUAUACCAUCACUACCCGCCCCACUGGGAGUGGAGGAGGGCGAGGAAGAUGAGUUUGACUUUUCAAACCUUGCCGGCAGCGGCGGAAGCGGCGUGACCAAGACGGUGGAUGCGACGCCGUCAAAGGUGGUCAGCUCACUCUAUGGAGACACUAUUGAGCUUCGCACCCCGGCUGCAAAGAGGAAUUUUCUUACGCUCGUUAAUGUGCACGCAGAGCUGCUUAAUGAGGAGGGAAAGUUUCUGGAUACCAUACGCCUUGUAGAGUUUACCGCCGGUUGCCUGCAGGUUCCGUUGCUAGAAUUGCCUCCGGAACUGCUUGUUCGCCUUGGAGUUGCCUACGCAUUCCUGGGGGGCUUGGAGCAGCAGUGUCGGGAGGUGUUUCAGCACCUUAUUGAUACCUGCCCCAUGACCGAAUACGGCGAUGUCUUGUACGACGCCGCCAAUGCGUUGCAACAAGUGGGUUUGCACGCGGAGGCGCACAUGCUUUUUCAGACUCUGCGCCGCUAUCAUGAGUUUUGCCUCUCAAACCUCACCGGUAGCGCUACUGCUGCGGAUAGUGGUAGUAGAAAUAGUAAUAUCAGGAUUGAGGAGGCAAAGGAAGGGGUGGAUAAUGAGGAGCUCACUGAAGUGAAAACGGUCUUUGUGGCAAGUUUGUUUGCAGAGGGGCAGUGUGAGGCCUCGCUAGGGAACUCUGAGGUGGCCUACAGCGUCUUUCGUCGCGUGUUGGAGGUCGACCCAACCCAUCUGCAGGUUCGUCUUGCGCUGGGUCGCAUGUAUAUGUAUGACAUGAAAGAUACCGACCAGGCCGUGGCGGUUCUCACGCCUCGUGAGGACGAGCAACCGCUUGAACGGAUUCAACUCGGUGCGGAGCUUGUGCGCGUUUUUGCGCGUGCGGAAAAAUACGUUGAAGCGAUUGCGCUGGGGGUUUCCGUAUUUGAACUCAUCUUCUCCGGCGAGGAGGGCGGCGACGCGGACUCCGUUGCGCCGGGGACCUCGCGACGCAGCACCGCCGCACUCUUGGUGCCGACGCUUUCGCGGGCCAGUUCCGCCAUUGUUCCACCCUCUGCCAUUGCCGACAUCGUGCAUGGGCCACGCUUGGGCAGUGCGGCGUCGUCAGUGGGGCGGCUCUCACACACCCUUGCGACGUCCAUCAAGGCGGCCAGCGCCGUCUUUCGCGCCAACCUGGCCAGACGCGGGUAUGCACCACUGACGAAUUCCGUGUACGGCGCCUCCGCGGCGGCGUCGGCGGCUGCCGGCUGGGUGUGUGCCGACGAAGAGGAGCGGCUGAAGGACAGUUCGACAAUCUUCCGUUUCAAUCGCACGAAGAAACGGCUGAGGCGGGCUCAUCUGGUGAACCGAAGGGAAUAUAUACACAACAGUGACGGCGCUGAGGGAGUGAAGCAGGAUAUCAAACAAGACCUGGACGGUGAUGCUGAGGAGGAGGAGGCGCAAAUGCGACAGGAAAAGAAGCGUCAGCGCGUGGAGGAAGUGACGCGCCGCGGUCCAGACUCCUUCUGGAAAGGUAUGCAGGUUAAUAAUGAGGCCGGCGACGCAAAGGCAGAUAGUGAGAACGGUAAUAACGACAACGUGCGUCUCAGCGGCAGGCGGGCGGUGGAGAAGCCGCCGCGUGCGGACUGUGGGCAACUAAAGGAAGAGGUGCAGGACGAAGGGGACUUGGCGGAGUUGGAGGAAACGGCGAUGUUGUAUAGCAACGAGGACGGUGACACGACGACGCAGUACGAACUACCCUCGUUGGAGGAGGUAAGCAGACAGUUUGAUGAUCCCGCAAUGCAAGAGUUAUUUAUGAAGGCCUCUAGCAAUGAGGCGACGAUCGCACCACGUAAUCUAUGGGAGCCAAAAUCUGUUGCCCCGUCUCCGAUGAGUGCUGGUGGCUUAGGUGCCGGCCCCUUCGCCGCCUCCACACUGCGCGUCACGGUCCGCGACGCUUUGGGGGUACUCGGGCGGGUCGGCUUCGUAGAGCUUGCCGUCACCGUGAUCAACUGCUACAGUGCCAUUGGAAAGUUUACCGAGGCGAAGGAGUUUGCAUUUCUUGUACUGAUGCGAUGCCCGCGAACGAGCGUCUUUCUCCACGCCGGGGUUUUGGAGCGACCGCUGCGGUUGGCUGUGCUGCGCGCGGCACUGGCCUCAAAGGAGAGUGAAGAUGCCUACCGUGUGGGAGUUCGUCUGCUGCAGGAGCAUUGCAGCGAGGCGGAAAAGAAUCAGGUGGUGGAACUUCUUUUUGGUGUGCUGAAUCGCGUGGAGGACGGCAGCGCUGUUCUGCUUCGUCUUGUUGCGGAUCGUAAUAAGGCUGACACACAGAUGCUUGUUCUACUUGGUAACCGGUAUUUUCUUCGCCGCUCCUACGUCCGUGCUCUUAACUUGUACCUUGCGGCCGCGCAGAGGAAUUCUAGUGACGUCCUUGUCUGUUUUCUGGUUGGUUUAUCCUACCUGUUCAUUAGCCACCAAAAAAAGAUUCGGGCCCGCGAGGCCUGCGUGGUCGCUGGAUGGCAUUACCUUUCACGGUACCAGGAGCUGCUGCGCGCCGCUGAUGCAGGGCGCGCAGGCGAGGCCGUGUACAACUGCGCCAGGGCAUUACAGUACCUUGGCCUGCAUCACCUAGCUGUGCCGCUCUACGAACAGGUGGCCUACGAAUUCAGCGUUCCUGAAUACUGCACCGUGGCACUGCAGCGGGCUGCGAGGUUUAACUUGUACUUUACGUACCGGUGGCGCACGGGAAACACGACAUUGGCAAUGGCUGCGCUGCACCAACAGCAGAGUUUUAUGGUGAAUACCUCGCCACUGGACAGCCGUGCAUCCACCUAG